GUUAUUGACAUAUCUGUCGCACAUACAGUCGUACACUUGAAGCACUGUCUGUGGAAGGCGCAUUUUGCAGAGUUCCAUACGCGCAUCAGCAUCAGAUUGCAUUAUCAGUUCAGUCAUCAUCGGCUCUUACAUCCUCUCUGCCCCGCGGCCUUCUCCACUUGCUCCCGAUCAAUUCGUGAAGAUUGCGUAUCGACCACCAGUCAAUCCCACCAGGGAGACACAGACAACCCACGACCAACAAAGACAGUGCAUUGCAUGACACCACGAUAACACAUAGUACGAGCUCGACGAUGUCGGUACCGUCGAGCCCCGGCGGCGGCGGCCAGCCGCUGCAGCCCGUCUCGCACAACGCCCAGCGCGACUCGGCACUGUUUUCACCCUCCCAGCAGCAGCGCAUCACCUUUGGAGAGAGCGCCUCCGCCCGCGACAGCUCGGUCCACGAAAAGAUCAACCAGUACAACAACCUCGCCAUGCAAACCAAGCAGCUCGAACGCAAGACAGCCGACGCCGCCCUCAAGCGCGCUAUGCUCGGGCGCGAGGAAGCCGAGGCAGAGAUGCGCCGGUAUCGCGACGAGGUGAGGCAAUUGAGGAAGCAGGUUGAGGAGGGAAAAGACAGAGAGAGGAGGGUUGGAGAGAGACUUGAGGCAGUCAUGGAAAACUACGGACGUGUCAAAGAGACGCACGCCCACACGCAACAAUUGUGGGAAAAAGAGAUUCGCCGCGCCCGAAAAGAAACUUUCAAGGUACAAAGCUCGCUAGUCAAGGCGCAGGAAGAGCUCAAAUCCUGCCGGACGGCGCAAAAGGCCGCCGAGGACGAGCUCAAGGCUGAGCGGGAACGGAGCAAGGCGCGGGAGCAGGAGGCAUUUGACGCUCAGUACAAGCUGGUCAGCCUGCAAGCGCAGCUGGAUCAGGCGCAACAACGAAUUAGAAUGCUGGAGCAUGAACUCGACGCCAUCAAGACGCUGGCCAAGAACGAAGUGGAGGUUAAGCGCCUUGCUUCGGAGGACUCCGAAGACGGAGACAACUCGACGGGACCACGCAAACGGGCUCGGACAUCCUCUAUCUCUGCUUUGGCGACAAGCGAUCCCGAGAUUGAGACGAUUACGAUGUUGUGGGAAUGGGAGAAGCAGCGAGCGGACCGAGCAUUAGAGCAGGUCCAAUUCCUCGAGGCGGAAUGCCAGCUGAAGAUUUGCUCGGCCGCCAAGGAGAUGCGCCGGAACAGCUCGAGCCGGCGGUCUAGUCCACGCCGCAAGCGAACCAGCGUGCUGACAUACUCGGAUGCCGGAGACCCGAUGAUUCUUAGUGAGAGCCGCCGGGCUUCCGUGGAAGCCCCGAAGCCGACGCCCAGGCGGUCCAAGACGGACAUGCUCAAGGCGGAAAGGGAGCCAAGGCGGAGCACCAUCUUUUACCCUGCUGAAGGCAUCUUCCGGACAGUGUCGCAGGCCGAAGCGGAUGCCAUAGCAGCAAAGUCGGCAGCCUCAUAUGUGGUAUCACCCACCGAGUCGGCACCGAGCAUGCCCAUCACGCCGACCGACAGCGAACCCAUGUACCGCCGCACACCGUCCGUCGACCCCCCGGACUAUGCCGUGGUUUCGAAAGAGCGCACCUCGCUGCUCUCGCUGCUCGACGCACCCCACCGACGAGACCCCAGCCCAGUCUUCAAUAUCCCCACAACCGCCGGCCCGGCCCCUGAAGCCCACUCCGCCGAGCCCGAGGACGACACCGACGCGCCCUCAACAGUCAAACCUACCCACCUUCCACUCCGCGACAUCGCCGUACCCCCGCUCGAAUCUUCCUCGUCCUCCCUAACCGACCCACUCACCGACCCUCUCCCCUCCCACAUCACCACUGAACAAACAAUCCCGUUCACCCGCCCGCACACCACAUCCUCACACUACCCAACAACGACAGCGACCGUAACAACAACAAGAGUCCCGCUGCGCGAGGAACCCACCGACGGCCCGACGCUGGCCCAGCGCCUGAUGAAGAUGCAGCGUACCCCGUCGCGACAAACGGGGAACAACAUCAACGACGUGGUCGACCUGGACAAGCCCAGCUUCGACGCGACUAACCCUGCGCUGACCCCCACCAUGACAAGAGAGCAGGCGCUCGCACAGAUCAGGGAGCGCAGGGGCAGGGCGAGGAGCGUCGGGCGGGUUGGGUCCAACGGGUCUAAUUUUGGUUCGAAUACGGGUUUGGGUUCGGGUUCGAAUGCUGCGGUUGGGACUGGAGGUGGGAGUUUAGCGGAGGCGAGGAGGAUGAUUUCUGGUGGUGGUGGUGGUGGUGAGGCUGCUGGUGGGGUGGUGAGGAGGAAAGUUAGCAGUGGGGAGCUGGUUAGCGGACGGAGGAUUUAUGGUGGUGAAGUGGAGGAGAGGGGUCGGGAGAGAGAGGUUCGGCGGGAGGUUAGUGCUCCUACUCCUGCUGGUGGUGCUGCCGCCGUGGCGAGGACGGGGACGGUGAGGGGUUUGUCGGCUGCGAGGAGGGUCAGGUCUUGAUGGGGUACUCUGGCGGAUGGUUCUGGGUUGCUCCUGAGGUGUUUGGAUCGAAGCUGUUGGAUCAGGGUGGUUGCCUGAUUUGUGGAGAUGCGAUUUUGGGGUAUUGGGGGGCGGCCGUCUAAAGAAAGGCGAUUUGGACAAAGGCUUUGUUGGUGCUCGUUUGUUGGUUGGUUGAUUGUUUGGAUCUUGGAGCCAGGAGUAAGGCUCGCUUUGUCAGGGGCUUGUCUGGCCUGGAUUGGCUAGCCUUUGGUCUUUUGUGUUUGUGUAUUUGUUCCGCUCUGCAUAGGACAGCGAGGGGUCGUUUUAAUGUAUGCUUUUCAACUUUGCUCAG